AUGUUAAGAUUUAUUCUAAUUUUAUCAAUGAUUUUAUAUCAUUCUCUUACUGUGGCAACAGAAUUUGAUAAAUGUGUACAAAUGUUGAUUGAUCUUCCCAACUGUAUGAUGGAAAAAUUCCGAGAUCAAACAAAAGAUAUCCAAGAUAAACUAAAGGAAUGCAAAGAAGCUGCAGAAUGUAAAAUGCAGUAUAUUAUUUGUGUACAAUCAAAACUAGCUUUAUGUGAUGACGAAGUUAUCAGAAAGCAAGUUCAAGAACAAUUGAAAUCAUUCUUGCAGUAA